AUGAGUUGUCUCGUAAAUUGGACAUCAUCUACGAAUACUUGUCGUUUACUCGUGAGUUAGAGCAGAAUCACCAGCAGCACCGACAGACUUCUUAACUAAAAUGGGUCUUCCGGGCUUCAGGUUAGUCAAAUCUGUCAAAAUAAGCAUCACGUUUGCUUUAACGAAGCCAUAUUUUCAGUUUUCUACAAAAGCCACUACUGUAGAUAAGCAGGAUAAAACACCAGCAACGAAACGGAGGAGAAAAAGUCAGAAGAAUCAUCUCUGGUCCGACAAUCUGUCCUGGGAGGAAAGGCUGGCUGAUGCGGUCACUCCUCUGUGGAGGCUGAGUUAUGAUGAGCAGCUUGAGCUGAAGCAAAAGCACCAGGAAACGACCCUGUCUCAGCUUGUGGGACAUCUUUCAGGUGACCCCAAGUCCUCAUCACCUGUUAAAAAUAAACUCACCUUUCCUCUCCUGCCCAUUCUGCCAUCCCCAGUAAGAGAUGGCUACCGCAAUAAGUCGACUUUUUCUGUCAACAGAGGAGCAGAUGGAAAUACAAAGACUGUUGGAUUUUAUUUGGGCACUGGAAAACAGGGAAACAUAGUAUGUGUAAAUGGAGAUCACCUUCUGAACAUGCCAGAGAAGCACAAACUUGUUGCCAGAUGCUACCAGGACUUCAUCCGCCAGUCCCCACUUGACCCCUGUUUGCUGUUCCACUCUGGAGGUCACUGGAGAGAGGUGACGGUUAGGACAAAUGCUACGGGACACACCAUGGCUAUUGUUUAUUUUCACCCUCAAACGCUCACUCCAGAGGAAGUGGCUGUUCAUCAGACCGACCUGGUGGAUUACUUUAUGCGCGGUCCUGGAUCAGUCUGUCAGCUGGACUCGCUAUUCUUCCAAGAGAGCUCCAUGACUCGCUGCACCCAUGAGAAAUCGCCGUACCAGCUCCUUUAUGGCCAGCCUCACAUAUACGAGACGGUUCUGGGUUUCAAGUUCCGCAUUUCUCCAGAUGCCUUUUUCCAGGUGAACCAGGGAGCUGCUGAGGUUCUUUAUGGCACAUUGAGGGACCUCAUUUCCGCAAACACUGAGAAAGGAGAGAAACAAGGAAAACCUACUGACACUCUUCUUGAUGUGUGCUGUGGGACUGGUGCCAUUGGUAUCACUACAUCCCCACGGGUGGAGAAAGUCAUCGGAAUAGAACUCAUAGAGCAGGCGGUGGAAGACGCUGUUCAUAAUGCCGCUCUUAAUAAUGUGCUGAACUGCAAGUUUAUUUCUGGGAAAGCAGAGGCGGUGCUUCCUGGUCUCAUAGUGGACUUAAGCUGCACAGGUGGAGGCCUUACAGCCGUGGUGAACCCAGCUCGAGCUGGCCUUCACUACAGAGUGGUCAGAGCUCUCCGAAACCAGCCUAACAUCCGCAGACUGGUCUACGUCUCCUGUAAACCCGAUGGGGAAGCCAUGAGGAACUUCAGGGAACUUUGUUGCCCUCCUGAUCCACAGAAAAAACUCACAGGAGAGGCAUUUUCCCCAAUACUGGCUAUUCCUGUGGACAUGUUCCCACACACUCCUCACUGUGAACUAGUGCUGCUUUUCGAACGCUAGCAGAGCAGCAUGAGAUGGGUUGAAACUUUCAAACAUCCACCAAACGACAGAAGGAAGCUGGAUUUUGGCGCAUUCGAAUUAUUCGGGGCCGAAUUAUUUUUGAAACCAAACCUGGCUGCCACGCAGGGAUCCAGGGUUCGAUUCCCGGAGUACAAUGGUACUGGGGGAGAUUACCAUAUCAAUGGUGAGCAAUUAACAUCACCCAGUGGGGGGUCCUUGGGCAAAACCCUUAACGCUACUGCCUCCCAAGCGCGGUUCAGCUGCAGCUCACCGCAUCCCCCAGGGGAUGGGUCAAAUGCGGAGAAGAAUUUCCCAUUGUGGGAUAUAUAAAGUAUCAAUUAUUAUUAUUAUAAAAAAUUAAGACUCUCAGAUUACAAUUUACAUACACCUUUUUGAAUACUUGAAAGCUAUUUUGAUAUUAGACCGGGUUCUGUUUAACAAAUAAUACAAAUGUAAAGAUACAUGUUUUAAAUGAAGGUUUUAAAAUAAAAAUAUUUAAAUUGCAUCCAUUCCUGAUGUCUGUAGUAUCCUCAUUUGACCAGUAGGUGGUGCUAUAGCAUAUUCCUAUGCUCUUUAAUACACAGAAAGACUUUAAUCUGUUUUGUUUCAUAAUGACUGUAUUUUUCAUCACCUGAAUUCAGGUUUACUAAAGGUCAUAAUGUCACAAGUGUUUAAAGUGUACUGGGGAUGAUAAGUAAGCAAAGAUUUCAUGAGCUCAUAUGUUGAAACUUGAUGGCCUUGGCUUCAAAAUUGGCUGCUGUUUGAUGCUAAUGUUCAAAAUACAUGAGGGUCAAUAGAAAUGUAGAGAA